GUCGUAGUGUCGUAGUGUCGCACAUUUCCAGGUUGUAAGAAGGACGCCAGGAAUAGUACUCCAAAAAUGGCUACCCAAGCCAGGACACGGAGACUUCAUUUCCUGGUUCUGUUUUCAAUUUUAUCCACAUCUGUUAUACGCGUCAACUCUUUAGAACAGUUUUACGGAACAUGUGGUUCCACAUACGAUUUAAUGCAGACCAACACACAAUCUGCCCUGCUAAAAGUACCAAUGCCAACCUCCAUGGCAGCCUACCAGGAUCCCUCAAGGGAUAUCAAGUGUGACAUCAUCCUGACCUUCACCCAUGGCAUGAACCUCCUUAUAGAGCUUUACUUUGUGGACAUCAUCCCACAGACUGCUGAUAGAAAGACUUGUGACACUGGCUUAGAGAUCUUUGAUCAGAUGGGACGAAAGUAUUACGGUGGACGCAUCUGUGGUGAGGCGUGGGAGUGGGAAGAGAGGCAUCAGUCAAAUAAACAACAAAAGAUGGUCAUUGAGAGCUCCCCACUCACAUUCCGGCUUUACAGUAGUAGUCCUUAUAAGGGCGAAGGGUUCAGAGUUCACAUCAACCAGUUCAGACCCUACUGGCCUUGCUACACAAGAGAGUUCAAAUGUCAGCAGAUUCAGCGCUGUGUCCACGACGAUCUUGCAUGCGAUGGCUGGGACGACUGUGGAGAUAACUCUGAUGAGAGGGAAGAGGCUGGGUGCCACCUCUUGACGCCUUCAGAGAUUUGUGGCAUCAUCAUUGGCAUUUUACUGCUAGUGGGAACAGUCAUAUUUAUUGUUUUCUUUGCUGUCACAUACCAUAGGCUGGCUCAGGAAUAUGGCUUGAGAUCAGACUCUAAAGUGCCCAUUGCUAUGAAUGAAACCAAAAACAGCAUAGAUCCUGUGUUAACUUUCAAUACAAGAUACAACUCGCAGGAGUCUAUGAGCAGGAUGUCUAAGUCAACCAUGAACAGGCAGUAUUCGGAUUAUUCCCUUGACAAAGAUGAACUAGAAAAAGCUGACAGGUACUCUAUCAAAGAUAACAUGUCAGAAAGAUCUAUACGGUCAAAUCCUAGGAAAAAUCGUGGAUUAUCUCAAACAAAUGAGGUUGCUGAACCUGUGAAAAAGAAUGGCCAAUACUCAACAAGAAGAGGGCGCUCUUCUUCACAAAACAGUCUGAACCGUGAGAAAGGGGAGCCACCAGUGAAUGGCCUUGACAACAAGGGCAUGGGCAACCGUGACAGUGCCGAGAAAGACAGACCUGGUAGUAGAGGCAGGGACAGGCGUUCUUACGACAGAAGAUCUCCUGAGGAUAGCGAGGAUGAAAGAAGGUUUAGAAGAAGAAGCAGAGACAGGAGCAGGGACAGGUACUACAGUGAUGAAGAUAGUGACUACGACCGAGAUCGUGAUCGGAAGCGCAGGCGACGCAGUUAUGACAGGUACAGUGAUGACAGUGAUUAUGAAUAUGAGAGAGAUCGUAGGAGGCGAAGUAGGGAUAGGUAUCGGGACCGUUAUGAUGAUAGUGAUAGAGAUUCUGAUCGUCCACCAAGACGGAGUGGGAGUCGGGAAAAAGACCGGGUUCCUGGUGAAGACGAGAAAGAUGGAGGAAGGCGCACCCCACCAAGAAGGCUCAACAGUCGUGAAAGAGACAGGGAUAGAUACCGUGAUGAUGAUGAAAGAGACCGUGGCAGGCGCAGUCCUUAUGAUGAUGAGGAUGAUUAUAGGCCUCGUCGGCGUAGUCGAAGAAGCAGGAGUGGUGACAGGCGACGGGAUUACGAUGACGAGGAUAGACCACCACGUAAGAGAGAGCCUAGUCCAGAGAGACCAAAAGCUGGACCACCUCCUAAAUAUGAUGAUGAACUUAAUAACAAGCGUUCAAGAAGUAAGGAGAACCUUGAUGAUGCACCUCUGCCACCACCGCCAACAGGAGAAGAAGUUCGUCGUAUGGAACUGGCUAAACAGAAAGCAGCUGAACCUGUUAAACCCGCAGAGGUUUUUAAGCCAGUAGCUGAAGCUCCCAAACCAGCAUACCAACCUCCUAAACCAGCAUACCAACCUCCAAAGCAACCACAGCCACCCAGGCCUUACUGGGAGCAACAAAAGCCAAAGGUUGAACCACCAAGGGUUCCUGUAGAACCAGCAAGACCAGUGGCUGAACCGCCCAAACCUCAGUUUGCACCAGCUAAAUCAGAGCCAGAACCACCUAAGCAAAAAUGGGAGCCAUCAAAACCACGGGAAACUGGAAGAAAUGCCAGGGAGCCGGCUAGAGCCAUGCCAGACGCUGCAGAUGAUAAUGCUCGUAAGCGAAAUUCCAGUGACCGCAGGGAAAGAUAUUCCAAGAACCGCUUCUCCGGCAACAGAAUUCAAGACUCACCUCCUCCAGAGUAUGAAGAUGUAGCGCCACCUAAAUCUGUAAAUAUAAAAGCUGCAUAUAAAGAAGAGUCAGUUUAAUAUUUAAAAACCUUGUUAGAUGUAGUUCAAGGCUAAAUAUUGAUUACAUUUAGUUGUUUGUUUACAAACCAUAGAUUAAUUUGGCAGCUUGUUUUUUAUAAAAUGAGUUUUUUAUUAUUUUUUUAUACAUUUUUCUAAAAUUUUAUACUGAUAGAAAAUUAACUUGUUUACCUCUUUAAAACUGUCAGAAUAAUAUAAUACAUAC